GUCACUUUCUUCUCAUUUCUCCCUCCGUCCCUCCGUUCUUCUGUCCUCUCUUUCUCCCUUCCUCCCUCUCCCUAUCUGUUCCCCGUUCUCUGUCCUACGGUGUCCCUUCCGUCCGUGGCCCCCCUCCCUCGGCCGCCCGUACAUCUAGAUCCGCCGCCGUCUCCGGCCACCGGCCACUGAUUUCUGGAUCUGAUUGCUCGUCACGUCUCCGCUCUUUAACUAACCCCUUCCCGUCGCUUUUCUUUUCAAUUUCCUGUCCGUUCCAAAUUUAUUUUCCGGCUUUAUUACAUUAGUAACUUUUCCCUUCCAAUAUAUAUAUAUAUAUAUUUCAAAAAAAUUAUUAUUUUUCUUAAAUGAAUUAAUAUUUUUAUAUUAUUUUUUCCUUUUUCUCGUGAAACCCCCCAUUCUGGACGUUUUCCGCCUCUUCAGAUGAGGCCGAUUUGACAGUUUUACCCCGGAUAUCCGGUCCACUCAAUUUACUACUUUACCCCUGCUCCUGAAGUGCUUUCUCCUUUUUGCCCCUCCCCCGCUCUGCCACGUGGCGGUAAUCGUUCCAGGAGAUGAGUUUCCAGCCCCGUAGGAUCUUGACACCUGUCGCUUCCAGGAAGCGCAAGGAGAGAGAAUCUCUGCUUGCCUGUCCCGAAGCCAUCACCGCAGCGAAGCCGUCGGCUCAUCCUCCGGCGCCUGCUCAAGCAGCGGCCAAGCCGCCCCAGGACAACCGGCUCCUGGCCGGCUACAUGGCCUACGAGUUCCUGACGAGGGGGACGCUGCUCGGGCAGAGGCUCGACCCCGCCCGGGCAGAGGCGGUCCAGGUGGGGCCCGGGCUGGCAGAGGCGAAGAGGACGAAGCCGGAGGCGGAGCCGAGCGGGAGGAAGGACCACGGGAGCUACGCUGAGGUGGCGAGUAUCUUGAAGACGGAGGGGGCCCACAUCCCGGGGAUUGUUAACCCCACGCAACUCGCACGGUGGAUUCAGCUGUGAUAAAUGCCUUGCUACGUGUCAGAAUCUAAUUGCCCCUCGUCCCAACCCUUCCAGUGCCGCGGAGCAGAUGAUCCUCACACUCGAGGUGGUGCGUUUCAGUCUUUGGCCGGGACCAAAUUAGUUGUAGCUCUCAAUGGGACCCACUCUCUCUCUCUAUGUUGUGUUUGUAUCAGUUUGCCCUCUUUAGUUUUUUUGUAAUAGUUUUUUUAAGAGUUGAGGGUAAAUAUAUUGGGGGGGCUUCCCUCUCUGAUGAUCGUCGCAUGUUAGGAGUUUUAUUUUGAUACUGAUAAUGUGUUAAAUCUUCAACAUCUUCGUGUUUCAUAUGUGAUGAAAGGUUUAAGGGCAUGGAACACGCGAGCGCAGUUGGUUUGCCACGAUGGUUGGGGAAUUAAUGUGGUACUAGAGCUUGUGUUUGCA